ACUCAGCGUGACGAAAUAUCAACUGCAAACAACAUCCGUUUGUGUCCCACCAGUCACGAGGGGUCUCUGUCCCUCAACGAUCAAAAUCAAGAUUGCUUCAUCAAAAACCAGUGCCUAAAGUAUAACUUUGUGGAGUUGGUCACUAUAUAAAGACGCAAGGUUCGUCACUUUACUCCAAACCGAACCCGCAUCACGGAAAAGAACUCUUGUCCACAUUCAACAGUAAAACACACUCGAUCAUUAUGUUUGCAGCGGUGGUGUCUCUGUGUCUUGUUGCGUCGAGUCUCGCAGCCCCUGGUUUGUUUGCCCCUCCCAAGACGGUGCCCGAACUGGAGCUCCCAAGUUAUCUUGGAAGAUGGUAUCAGAUGUAUGCUGAUUUUGUGGUUGUAUCUACAUUUGAGAGAAAUGCCUACUGCGUCACGGCCGACUAUGGCCUCAAUCCCAACAAAACCAUCUCGGUGUACAAUGCGAACCGUGUGGACAGCCCAACGGGGAAACUGAACGACAUCAAGGGUUAUGCCGUAGUGGUUGACCCCGCAGAGCCCGGCAAACUAGAGGUGAAAUUCCCGGUUCAGCCCGUCCCCGGACAAUACUGGGUGGUUCAACUUGGACCCAAAGAAACAACGCCACAAAAUGCCACACCCCAGUACCAGUACUCUGUGGUGACGGACUCCUUCAGGACCACCCUCUUCGUGCUCGCCAGGAACCCCAAAGAUUUCCGCUCCCGUUUUGAAGCAGACAUUCUCCAGUGGCUCAAAUCUAACGGUUUCGAUAAAUUCUACAAUAAGCCAAUCGAAACGGUGCAGACGAGUGACUGCUUAUACGCAAAGCCACCAAAUCAGAAGUUCUAAUUUUUGUACAUGAAUAUAAUUUGAUUAAAGGCUCUGGACACUAUUGGUAAUUACUCAAAAUAAUUGUUAUCAUAAAACUGACUUGGAAACGAGCAUUUGAG